GGCGGCGGGCUGCAAUAGUUCUGGCUCGGCCGGCUGGAAUGAGCUCAUACCUGCGGAGGGAGUGUUCAGGGAGGAAGACUUUCGUCCUACGAUCGGCUUCCCACACGCGAGACGCGUCACGCCAACGUCGAGACCACAUAUGAAGGAAGGAACAUGAGCGCACAUUAUAACCCUUACAAGAAGUACACGCGAGUAUGGAUCCCGGACCCGGAGACCGUGUGGCGGGCAGCGGAGAUCAGCCGAGACUUCAAGCAGGGAGAGUCGGUGCUCCAUCUCUGCCUGGAGGAUGGCACGCCGCUGGAAUACCCGCUGGGCCCCGCCGGCAACCCCAUGCCGUUCCUGCGCAACCCCGACAUCCUGGUGGGCGAGAACGACCUGACGGCGCUCAGCUAUCUUCACGAGCCCGCCGUGCUGCACAACCUCCGAGUGCGAUUCCUUGAGUCCAACCACAUCUACACCUACUGCGGUAUCGUCCUGGUGGCCAUCAACCCGUACGAUGAGCUGCAGAUCUACGGCGAGGAGGUGAUCAACGCCUACAGCGGUCGCAACAUGGGCGACAUGGACCCGCACAUCUUUGCCGUGGCCGAGGAAGCCUACAAGCAGAUGGCCAGGGACGAGAGGAACCAGUCCAUCAUCGUGAGCGGCGAAUCGGGAGCCGGCAAGACCGUCUCCGCUAAGUACGCCAUGAGAUUCUUUGCCACUGUGGGAGGAUCUGCCAACGACACCAACGUGGAAGACAAAGUCCUCGCCUCCAGUCCCAUCAUGGAGGCCAUCGGCAACGCCAAGACCACCAGGAACGACAACAGCAGCCGCUUUGGCAAGUACAUCGAGAUCGGCUUCGACCGCAGCUACCACAUCAUUGGCGCCAACAUGCGGACGUACCUGCUGGAGAAGUCGCGGGUGGUCUUUCAGGCUGAAGAUGAGCGCAAUUACCACAUCUUCUACCAGCUGUGCGCCUCCGCCUCUUUGCCGGAGCUGCGAGACCUCGGCCUCGCCAGCGCCGAGGACUUUGCCUACACGUCCGCGGGCGAGAACAUCUUCAUCGAGGGCGUGAACGACGCCGACGAGCUGGACAGGACGCGGCGGGCCUUUAGACUGCUGGGUAUCAAGGACGCCAGCCAGAACGUCGUCUUCAGGGUGCUGGCGGCCAUCUUGCAUCUGGGCAACGUCCAGAUCUGCGCCCAGAGGGACGGCGAGUCCUGCCACGUGUCGGGCGACGACGAGCACCUGGCUCAUUUCUGCCGGCUCCUGGGCCUGGAGCUCCCGCAAAUGGAGCACUGGCUGUGCCACAGGAAGUUGGCCACGGCCAGCGAGACCUACGUGAAGAACAUGUCGGCCGAGCGGGCGACCAACGCCCGCGACGCCCUGGCCAAGCACAUCUACGCCCGCGUCUUCGACUGGAUCGUGGCGCACAUCAACCUGGCGCUGCGCGCGUCCUCUGAGCGACGCUCCUUCAUCGGCGUCCUCGACAUCUACGGGUUCGAAACCUUCGAGGUCAACAGCUUCGAGCAGUUCUGCAUCAACUACGCUAACGAGAAGCUGCAGCAACAGUUCAACUCGCACGUGUUCAAGUUGGAGCAGGAGGAGUACAUGAAGGAGCAGAUCCCGUGGACCCUGAUCGAUUUCCACGACAACCAGCCGUGCAUCGACCUGAUUGAGGCGCGACUGGGCGUGCUUGACCUUCUGGACGAGGAGUGCAAAGUCCCCAAAGGAACGGAUCAGAACUGGGCCCAGAAGCUGUACAAGCAGCACUCCUCCAACGCCCACUUUCAGAAGCCUCGAAUGUCCAACUCUGCUUUCGUCAUUGUCCAUUUUGCCGAUCAGGUGGCGUACGAGUGCGCCGGCUUCCUGGAGAAGAACCGCGACACCGUCUACGACGAGCAAAUCAACAUCCUCAAGGCCAGUAAGCUUCAGCUGGUGGCCGACCUGUUUGCCACCGAGGACGGCGGCCCCAAAUCGGCCAGGGUCAACGUGCGGCCCGCAAAAUCCACGCCCAGACCGCCCAACAAAGAGCACAGGAAGAGCGUGGGCCUGCAGUUCCGCAGUUCUCUGCAUCUUCUGAUGGAGACGCUCAACGCCACCACGCCUCACUACGUGCGCUGCAUCAAACCCAACGACGACAAGCAGGCCUUCUCGUUUGACUCUGGUCGAGCUGUGCAGCAGCUGCGGGCGUGCGGCGUCCUGGAGACCAUCCGCAUCAGCGCCGCUGGAUACCCGUCCAGGUGGACCUACGUCGACUUCUUCAGCAGGUACCGCGUGUUGAUGCGCAAGUCGGACGUAUCGUGCCCGGAUAAGAAGUCGGUGUGCCAGACGCUCUUGGCGACGCUCAUCAAGGAAGGCGACAUGUUCCAGUUGGGGAAGAGCAAGAUCUUCUUCAGGGCCGGUCAGGUGGCCUACUUGGAGAAGUUGCGUGCCGACAAGUUCCGCGCCGCCUGCAUGGUCAUCCAGAAGACGGUGCGCGGCUGGCUGCAGAGGCUGCGCUACCGCAAGAUCCGCAAAUCCGCCAUUUUGCUGCAGCGAUACGGGCGAGGCUACCUGGCGCGCAGGUACGCCGAAUACUUGCGGCUGACGCGUGCCGCCGUGGUGUGCCAGAAGAAUUACCGCAUGGCCAGAGAGCGCCGCGCCUUCCUGCAGCUGCGCCGGGCCACCGUCACCAUCCAGGCCUUUGCACGGGGGAUGUUCACGCGCAGGAUCUUCCAGGAGUUCAUGCUGCACCACAAGGCGCUGGUCAUCCAGAGGUGCGUCCGCGGCUGGCUGCAGAGGGUCCGCUACCGCCGCAUGCGGCGGGCCGCCGUGGUGCUGCAGUGCGCCUUCAGGCGCUCUCGAGCGCAGCGCCGCUUCCGGACGCUCAAGACGGAGGCGCCCGUGGCCCGACGCCUGACCAAGCUCAACGCCGGCAUGGAGAACAAGAUCGUGCAACUGCAGAUAAAGAUGGACGAGCAGGGUAAGGAUUACCGUGAGCAGAACGAGCAGCUCCUGCGCGCCAACACCAGCCUGGGCACGGAGCUCAGCCGGGUCCAGCAGCAGCUGCAGCACCUGCAGCAGACGCGCAGCCAGCAGGGCGGCGCCACAGCCGCCGCUCAGCUCACGACGCUGCGAGCUGAGCUGGAGGCGCUGAGCAAGGAGCUGGAGGGGGCUCGGGCCCACGAAAGCCAGACGGAGGAGCGCCACCGCACUGAGAAGCUGGAGCUGACCCGGAGAGUCGCUGAGCUGGAGGAGGAGAAUGCGCUGCUCAAGAGCCAAAAGGAAGAACUCAACCAGAAGAUCAAACAGCAGUCGAACCGCGCUCAAGAGGACGUGGGCAGCGCCUUGCUGCGCGCUGAGAUGGACGCCGAACGACGUCGCUACCAAAAUCUCCUGAAGGAAUAUUCCGCACUCGAGCAGAGAUACGACAAUCUGAAGGAGGAAGUUUCUCUGGCCAAGUUCCAGCCGGGCCACCACAGAAGCUCGUCCAAUCAGAGCAGCCUGGAGUCGGACUCCAACUACACGUCCAUCUCCACCUCGGAGGCGGGAGAUGCCGAUGAUGUCCUGCAGCUGGUGGAGGUCUCGGAGACUUGCGAGGUGGGCGCGGACAAGGCGGCCAUGGACAUCGGCAUCUUCGUCAAGCUGCAGAAGCGUGUGCGAGACUUGGAACAGGAGCGGAAGCGGCUGCAAGCCAGCCUGGACAAAAUGGACGAGGUGGCCAGAAACAAGGACAGCGUAGACGCGGCGGCGGUGGCAGCGGCGAGUCUCACGGAGGAGGCGGCUGCUGACUUGGCCUACAAUAACCUGAAGCGUGAGGAGCUGGAGCUGGAGAACAGGCAGCUGAAGGAGCACCUGGAGGAGCUGCGUCGCAGCGUGGGCCAAGAGGCGCCCCGUGACGGCUACCACGUCCUGAUGAGUCAGCUGAAGGCGGCCAACGAGGAGCUGGACGCGCGCAAGGAAGAAGUGGUCAUGCUUAAGACGCAGCUUGUCAGCGCUGCCCCGCCCACGCACCAGCAGGUGCUGGAGACGGAAAGCGGCGAGAGGGUCGACGCGGUGGCGACGCUGCCGUCAGACAGGGACCAGGCUCUGACGCUCUACCGGCAGGUGUGCCAGUCCAACAAGCUCAUGGAGCAUGAGCUUCAGUCUCAAGCGCACCAGCACGGCCAGGAAGUGGAGGCGCUGCGGGCUGAGAUGGAGACGCUGAAGGGUGACGUGGGGAGGAAGCAGGAGGCGCUCAACUAUGCCACAUCCCUGUCGCCCCAGGCCCUGCUGGAGUACAGCGUGCAGCUGGAGAUCACAAGGCUCACUGACGACAACCUGGACCUGAAGGAACUAGUGGAGAAACUAGAGAAGAAUGAGCGCAAGCUGAAGAAACAGCUGAGGAUCUACAUGAAGAAAGUCCAGGAGCUGCAAGCGAGUCGCGGCGGCAGCGGCGGUCGCGCCAAGUCCGACUUGGGUCGUCACGUGACGCUUCAACGCAAGGAGAAAGACUUUGAGGGCAUGCUGGAGUACGACCGGGAAGACGAACCUCUGCUCAUCCAGAUGCUCGUCACAGGUCAGAGCUCACUUCCUCCCCACGCAUCUUGCCUUCCAAGAGCAUGCGGCGAGGAGGAGAGGAGAGCCCGAGUCGUACAAGUCGGACUUCACCGGGUUAGAUGGCGCGCAGAAAGGAAAGGCGCUCGCUGUUGGUGUUUUGCAGACAUGCGCCCGAGUAUGUUGUCUGGGACGGUGCCGUGUCUCCCGGCGUACAUCCUCUUCAUGUGCGUCCGCCACGCCGAUUACGUUAACGACGACGGCAAGGUGGAGUCUCUGCUCACCGCCACCAUCAACGCCGUCAAGCGCGUCCUCAAGAGGAACGAGGACUUUGAGACCACGUCCUUCUGGCUGGCCAACACCAGCCGCCUCCUGCACUGCCUCAAGCAAUACAGCGGAGACGAGGCCUUCGUGGUUCAGAACACGGCCAAGCAGAACGAGCACUGCCUGAAGAACUUUGACCUGACCGAGUACCGGCAGGUUCUCAGCGACCUGUCCAUUCAGAUCUACCAGCAGCUCGUACGCAUCGCCGAGGCCGCCAUCCAGCCUAUGAUCGUGUCGGCCAUGUUGGAGAGCGAGAGCAUCCCCAGCCUGGCCGGGGUCAAGCCCGCCGGCUAUCGGAACCGCUCGUCCAGCGUGGACCAGGACGGCGGCCAGGGCACGCCGUCUGGCGGCUACACGCUGCGGGCGCUCAUCCGCCAGCUGAGCCUCUUUGACGGCAUCAUGCGAGAGCACGGCCUGGACCCCGAGAUCGCCGGCCAGGUGGUCCGCCAGCUCUUUCACUGCGUCAACGCCGUCACGCUUAACAACAUCCUGCUGCGCAAGGACGUCUGCUCCUGGAGCACGGGCAUGCAGCUCAGGUACAACACGAGCCAGAUGGAAGAAUGGCUGCGCGCUAACAAGUUGUACCAGACUGGGGCGGCGCAGACGCUCUGUCCCAUCAUUCAAGUUGCUCAGCUGCUGCAAGUCAAGAAGAAAACCUCGGAGGACGCUGACGCCAUCUGCUCGCUCUGCACUGCUCUCAAUUCCCAGCAGAUAGUCAAGAUCCUCAACUUGUACACGCCACUCAACGAGUUUGAAGAGCGCGUCACCGUCUCCUUCAUCAGGAACAUACAGAAACAACUCCAGGAGCGCGAAGCGGGCGAGGCUCAGGAGGGGGCCGUGGCCAAGGAGGCCUCCCAGCUGCUGGUGGACACCAAGCAGACGCUGCCGCUGCUCUUCCCGUACGCGCCGUCCUCGCUGGGCCUGGAGACGCUCCAUUUUCCCGCCUCGCUGGGACUGCACUUCCUGGUCAGGGUCUGACCUCACUUCCCGCCCGCGGGAACACGAGGACCAAUUUUUACAGGGACCAACUUUGACCUUUAUCACGAAUCCACCUUUGUACUCAUUUUGUAAAAUACAUUUGGCUUCCAGCCAGGUGGUCGGUCU